GUCGCGCCCGAGGAGGACGACAAGAGCACCCGUACUCUGUUUGUGGGGAACCUGGAGGUGACCAUAACUGACGCCGACUUACGGCGCAUAUUCGAGAGGUAUGGUGUGGUGGAGGACAUCGACGUGAAGCGGCCGCCGCCCGGCAAUGGAAACGCCUACGCAUUCAUUAAGUUCCUGAACCUGGAUAUGGCGCACAGGGCGAAGGUGGAGAUGUCCGGACAGUAUAUCGGGAAGUUUCAGUGCAAGAUUGGCUACGGAAAGGCUACGCCCACCACCAGGAUAUGGGUGGGAGGUCUGGGCCCCUGGACCUCACUGUCCCACUUGGGGAAGGAGUUUGACCGGUUCGGCGCCAUUAGGAAAAUUGAUUUCGUUCGGGGAGACAAUCACGCGUACAUCCAAUACGACAGUAUAGACGCCGCACAGGCAGCCUGUGCUGACAUGAGAGGCUACCCACUGGGCGGGCCCGACAAGCGCCUCCGU